AUGGCCUCUGCUUUGGCUCUUGAAGCUGCUGUGCGGUCUGGAAGUGUGGACGAGGUGGUAGCCUUGGCUGCGGGUGAGGCCACGGCUGCGCCACUGGCUGCACCCUACGCAUUCGAUCUGACCUCGGACAUCGCUGGCUGUGAUCACCUUGUCUCGGGCACCGUGCUGCACCUGGCUGUCCUCCGCCGAGAGGUCGAGAUGGUGCGCGCGCUGAUGGCAGCCGGCUGCGAUGUGCUGGCGCCGGGAGAGGUGGCGCUGUACCACGGCUUUGACUUUGACGGCGGCUUCUAUCGCGAUGAGUGGAGCCCGCAGGUGCUGGCCAACGAGCUCGGUCUGUUGCACAUUGCCGAGGCGCUCGGAGGCGCUGAUGUGCGGCGAAAGAAGAAGAAGCGCCGCAAGGCCAAACGUGGGAGCAAGAGCAAGAGCAAGAGCAAGGCUGCGCGAACCGGCUCGAGUGCUGUGGCCGACGAGGCCGCGCCGAGCAAGGAUGCAGGCCGCGCAGUCAACGCCGACGCCGACGCCGACGCCGAGAAGCGGCGGUCCCGCCGGCGCAAGCUACGGCGCGUCAAAGCGCGGGUGGCGUCGGGCGAGGAGCCUGUGGCCGCCGUGAGCCGCGCGUCUGACUCGGGCUCCGGCUCUGACUCGGAUCCGCUGGUGACGUACAGCCACGCGCGGCGGGCGACUGUCCGGUCGCUACGCGAGGCCGGCACGCUACUGCAUGCCCAGCCGAGCCUCGAAUGGGCGGCCGAGAUAACGCCGGAUGACCUCGUCGUCGGUGAGUCGUUCGACUCGGGCGGCUACGGCGCCAUCCACUUUGGGACCUACGCCGGCGCCGCUGUGGCGGUCAAGGUCAUGGCUGUACCCGGCGCAGCUGCCAAGGCCGAGGUCACCAAGGAGAUCCACGCGCUCGCGCUCGCCAACGCUUCGCCACAUGUCUGCAAACUCUACGGCUACGCGCUGCUGCCAGACAAGAUGUGCCUUGUCAUGAAGCUGUACGACGGGUGCCUCCACGACGUCAUCGACGGCUGCCCAGGCCACCGCAUGCGGACGGUCGACAUUGUGCCGGCGGCGCUCGACAUUGCGCUCGGCCUCCGCGACCUGCACAACAUGGGCAUCGUCGUCCGCGACCUCAAGCCGGCAAACGUACUUGUCGAUGCCGCCGCCGACACCCUUGUCCUCGCCGACUUUGGCCUUGCCCGCGUCGUGGCCAACGCCGCCUCGCGCGAGCUAGCCACCACCCGCAACGAAGCCUGCACGCCCAACUACGCUGCGCCCGAGUGCUUCCUCGACGGCAAGCUCACCGCCGCCUGCGACAUCUGGUCGUGGGCCACCACCGUCGUCCACAUGUUCACCGGCCAGCCGCCGUUUGUUGACGACUCGCUCUUCCAGAUCGCCACCAAGCUCGCCGUCCAGCGCGUCGCCCCGCCCGUCCCCGAGCGUGCGCCUGACCUCCUCCGCCAGCUCCUCAACUCCUGCUUUGCCUUUCAGCCCGCCGACCGUCCCACCGCCGACGAGCUCGUCGACGCCCUUGAGGCCGUCAUCGAUGCCGGUGGCUAUUGA